AUGUCUCAGGAUACACAAGAAAUAAAAGAAUUAAUAAAUUCCACCAAACGAGCAUUUUCAGCAUUUCAAGAGUUACUAAAAAAUUCAGAAAGUAAAAAUAAUGAAACUUCAGAACCAAAUUUGAGUCCGGUGGAAUGUGCUAAACAUGGAUGGAAGAAUAUUGAUAAUAAUAAACUUGGAUGUGAUCAUUGUUCGGAACAAAUGGAAGUUAAAUUGUCGAUCCCUCAAUCAAAUGGAAAUUUGGUGAAACAGUUUCAAGAAAAAUUGUUAAUUGCACAUUCUGUUUCUUGUCCAUGGCGUGCACAUUCAUCUCAUGAUUCAAUUUAUAAGUUUCCAAUUCAAAGGGAUCAAAUCAUUAUAGAAGAAUUUCGAUCACGAGCUUCAUCCCUACUAAAACUUGGCAACCAAUUACCAAUCAUUAAGACCAAAUUGACCGAUGAAUUUAUGCAAACUAUGAAAGAUGCUCUUCAAAUAGAUUCAAAUCAAUUUGAACCUUUGGUCAUUGCAUCUGCUUCAUGUUUAUCUUUGUUUGGUUGGGAAUACGAAUCCAUUUCAAAAUUGGAUAUUGUAAAAUGCAAAAUGUGCUUUCGUAAUUGUUUAUUAGUGAAUUUUAAAAGUAUUCAGAAAAAUCAACAACAAAUUCAACAUUCACAAAAAGAUAAUCCGAUAGAUAAUACUACAAAUAAUACAAUAAAUAAUACAAUAAAUAAUACAAUAAAUAAUGCAAUAGGUAAUGAAAUAGGUAAUGAUGUAGAGAUGAGUGAUCAGGUUGUAUUUGAGCAGGCUGGUCAGAAAGAUAAAGAUGAACAAAAAGAUAAAGAUGAACAAAAGGAUAAAGAUGAGCAAAAUGAUUUAGAUGAGAAAAAUGUUAUAGAUGAGCAAAAGAGUAAAGAUAUAGAUAAGCAAGAGGAUAAAGAUGAACAAAAAGAUAUAAAUGAACAAAUGGAUAUACUCGAACAAAAGGAUAUAGACAAUCAAGCCGCACAGGAAGGAGGGGAUCAACAAAGUAUUGAACACAUCGAACGUGUCGAAAGUAUGGAAAGUAUCGAAAGUAUGGAAAGUGUCGAGACAGUUAAAGAUUCAUCAGAAAAAUUAGAUGAUCCUGAGGAAAUUCAGAAAUCACAGGAGAAUAUAGAUUCUACAAAUACAGAACAGAGUGAACCACCACUCACACGAGAAUCUAAUGAAUCCAAUAAUGAAAAAUUCGAUAAUAAAGCAGAUAAAAUAGAUAAAAUAGAUUCUUUAAUAGACCAAGGUGAUUUGAUAUUUGAUGUUGAAACUCAACAUCAGUCGUAUUGUGCUUGGAUUACUGGUAAUGGUCAAUUACUGGAAAGUAGAACACAAGAAGAACUUGCUCAAAGAAAACCUGGCUGGUAUAUUACAUUGGAAGCUAUUGUGAAAUUGACUACACCAAUUGAAAUAAAAACUUCGUCGGAUAUUCAAAAAGUGAGAAUAUGA